AAUUCAUACCAAGGCAUGGUUUAUCGCUGGGAUAUUUCUCCUAAUGACUAUACCAAUAUCUCUCUGGGGAAUACUACAACACUUAGUUCAUUAUACUCAACCCGAAUUACAGAAACCAAUAAUAAGGAUUCUGUGGAUGGUGCCGAUUUACAGUUUAGACAGUUGGAUAGCUUUGAAAUACCCCAACAUUGCGAUAUACGUGGACACGUGUCGAGAAUGCUAUGAAGCUUAUGUCAUCUAUAAUUUUAUGGUUUUUCUUUCCAAUUAUCUAACUAACCGGUAUCCAAACCUCGUAUUAAUAAUAGAAGCGAAGGAUCAGCAGAGACAUCUGCCACCUCUAUGUUGUUGUCCAUCGUGGGCUAUGGGAGAAGUUUUGUUGUUUAGAUGUAAACUGGGUGUUUUGCAGUACACUGUAGUCAGACCAUUUACUACCAUCAUUGCUUUAAUUUGUGAACUAGUGGGGGUGUAUGAUGAAGGAAACUUCAGCUUCAACAAUGCUUGGACUUACUUGGUUAUACUUAACAACAUGUCACAGCUAUUUGCUAUGUAUUGUCUGGUGCUGUUUUAUAAAGUACUACGUGAAGAACUGAACCCUAUCCAACCUGUUGGCAAGUUCCUUUGUGUGAAGAUGGUCGUUUUUGUUUCUUUCUGGCAAGCUGUGCUCAUUGCGUUGUUGGUAAAAGUUGGCGUUAUUUCUGAGAAACACACCUGGGAAUGGCAAAGUGUGGAAGCUGUGGCUACAGGCUUGCAGGAUUUUAUCAUUUGUGUUGAGAUGUUCCUGGCUGCUAUUGCACAUCACUACAGUUUUUCCUAUAAACCUUAUGUUCAAGAAGCUGAGGAAGGGUCGUGCUUUGACUCUUUUCUUGCCAUGUGGGAUAUUUCUGAUAUAAGGGCAGACAUAUCGGAACAGGUUCGAAAUGUCGGAAGGACAGUGUUGGGCCAGCCACGGAAAAUCUUUUUCGCUGAGGAUCAUGAACAAAACGAGCAUACAAGUUUACUGUCUUCAUCUACUCAAGACCCAAUUUCUGAUGCUUCUUCAAUGCCAUCUUCACCCAUGGGUCAUUAUCAGGGGUUUGGACACACUGUGACGCCUCUCACAACACCGACAACAGCCCCUGCAGUUGAUGGUAUUUAUAACACUUCUGUUCAAGAUGCUGAGGAGUCACCCGAACUAGAGCACAACUUGUCAGAGAAAGCUUUGGAUAAAAGUUAGGCUCACCUUUUCUUGGAACGUGUCAAGGAGUCUGUUGUAUACUCGCCACACGUGUUCUGUUAACAAGUACUAUUAACGAUGAAAGUUGGAAGGUUUGGAAAAGCUACUGCGCAGACAGGAAGAGGAUAUAGCUGCAACUAACAUCUGAAUUCUGAAUCUGUAACAGAUGUCAGUGGCUGUGAGUACCCCGUGAAUAUAAAACACGCACACUGUGAAGGUUUCUGCAUAAAUCUUAAGAACCAACUCCUUAAACUGCUAAACACUCACACAUCAUGUCAAAAUCCCACUAACUUUUAUUAUUCCAAAAGAAACACUUGGAAAAAUACUCUGCUCUUCUAAAGAUGAAGUGUAAGUACUACUAGCAAUGGGAACUUAAUUUCAAGAAUGUAAUUUAAGGAGGACAUUAGCAAAAA